CAUUGGAAUAUCAGGUAAUUACGAAGUUAUGUACUUAUUCAUCCAAUCGGUCUCAACAACCCCGCGUUUCGGGACGCCUCACCUCGGCAAGCACCCCAGCCAUCUACACAUGAAAGCUGGGGAUGCAGCUUUAAAGAGGAGAAGCUCUUGUGCUUAAACCCAAUUCACUUCCGUUUUAACUUGUCUUUUGGGUUCGAUGAACUCAAGUUCUGCCCUACGAACACUCUAUCCACUAUCCUAAUUCAACAUUGACAAUCGGUUACAAACGUCAAGAUGCCCAUGCAUAAUGGCUGGCUCCCUCGUGAAGGUUCGCAAAAGCUACAUUUUAAAUUGACCCCCGUUCCUAUGGUUCUUUACUAAAUCAUACACCCAGGAAUAACAGCCGACCCGGUAAUUCGAUUGCUGAAGCGAACAGCUUUCAACCCCGUCGCUACACUUCUCCUCAUCCUCCUUGCUCGGUACACCAAGAGGGGCUCCGACCUAGCUAUCCUCCACGAAACUGCAUUCGCUCGCAUCCGUAAACUCUUCUACUUUGGACUCUUCCGUUGGGUCUCGGGCUUUCUCGAUUCCGGCGUGUUGAACAAUUGGGUCAAGGAUGAAUACCAUUGGGAGAAGGAGGUUGUUUUGGUUACUGGCGGUGCGGGGGGGGAUUGGUGGGAAUGUUGUGAGGCUUUUGGCGGAGAGGGGGGUUAAGGUUGUGGUUUUGGAUGUUAUUGAUAUGACUUUUGAAACGAGUGAGUGUUUUUUCUUUUUUUCUUUUUUCGUAUUUCGAUGUCGAUGUGAGAGUUGAAGGUAUGAUGAAGAGUGCUAAUGUGUUGGGAAUAGCUUCGAAUGUUCACUACUAUAAAUGCGAUAUCACGUCCCCAGCAACUAUCGCCAAAAUUGCGGCGGAGGUCCGAAAAGACGUUGGGAAUCCAACGAUUAUCAUUAACAACGCAGGCGUUGCUCGCGGAAAGAAUAUCUUGGAUGCAACCGAGAAAGAUGGUAAGUGUGGAAAGAAAAACUUCACAACCGACUUAAUAUUUGAAGAUUCCAUUUUAUGGAUAUCCAAAUAAGAAACUAGUUUAGCUGCUAACAUCCCACCCAGUCCGCUUCACAUUCGACGUCAACACCUUCGCCCACUACUGGCUCGCCAAAGAAUUCGUCCCCUCCAUGGUCCAAUCCAACCACGGCAUGAUCGUAAUCGUCGCCUCCAUCGCCGCCUUCGUCACAGUCCCCAACAUGACCGACUACGCCGCCUCCAAAGCCGCCGCACACAGCUUCCACGAAGGACUCGCCGCCGAGCUCAAAACGCGCUACAACGCGCCCAAAGUCCGAACCAUUAUCGUGAACCAAGGGUACACCAAAACCCCGCUUUUCGAGGGCUUCAGUAACGAUGCUACCUUCUUGAAUCCGCCGCUGGAACCGGAAACGGUCGCUGAGGCGAUUGUUAAGAAGGUGCUGAGUGGGAGUAGUGGACAGGUUAUCUUGCCGGAGAUUGGAUCGAAUCUUACCCUCUUCAGGGGCAUGCCGCAUUGGUAUCAGACGACGGUUAGGAGUAAAGGCGAGAAGAUGAUGAAGAAUUGGGAUGGGAGACAGGUUAUUGAUGUGGAAAAGCGGGGGAGUGGUGGUGAGAAGGAGGGGGAGAGCGAGUGAGUUUCUUUUUGGUCGAAGACAAUAAUAAAGUUGAAAUUGUGCUUACUUUUUGGUGUAGAUCUACAGUUUUGGUUCCACCUGUGGCUAAGUAGGUAGAAUGGUGGAAUGUCGAUUUUGAAAGUUAU